GACACUAACAUUCCAAACCGGAAGGCGUGUCACUAAACUCCAAGUGAUUCAUCUUCUUAAACAUAUACGAUCUUCGCUGCAACUCUUCUGACAGCUAGCAAGCAACUCCUUUACGCUCUAAACAAAGCUGGACAGACAGGAGAGGGAAAGGGGAGAGCGUUAACCCUGGUCUCUCCAGCUGACCCUGAGUUAACCAGCCAGCCAUGGAUGACCGCUCCUCACUUAGAAAAGUCAGCAGCUCUACCGAGUCCGUGGCCACCGUCACCAGUGAGGAGUUUGUUCUAGUCCAGUCCAGUGCUGCAGGGUCACCACAAGGCUCUGAGGGCAAGCCAAGACUCAAGAUGUCUUGGAAUGGGAGUGAGCAGCUGGAGAAAGCUAUGGAGGAGUUGUUGGAUGAUGAGGUGAAGGUGGAGAAGAGCAAUGUGGAAAAGAUGGAGAAGCACAAGGACCCAGAGAGCCGAGUCCUGGAGCCCCGACCUGCAGAAACAUGUCCAGCACCAUCCAGCCCCAUCGUACUGGAGGAGGACAGUGUCCAGUUCAACAAGCUAUCCUACCUUGGCUGCACCUGGGUCAAAGCCCCUCGCAACGAGGCAGAGGCACAGAGGGCCAUGGCCACCCUGCGUGCUGAAAGCGCCAUCCCCAUUCCCAUCACCCUGCAUGUCCCCUGUAGACCAGAUGGCUCCGUAAGGAUUGUGGACCAGGCCUCGGGUACAGAGGUCGCCUCAUUUCCCAUCUACAAGGUGUUGUUCUGUGCUCGUGGACAGGAGGGUUCGGUGGAAAGUGACUGUUUCUCCUUCACUGAGAGUUACCGGAGCUCUGAGGACUUCCAGAUUCACGUCUUCUCCUGCCACAUCAAAGAGGCUGUCAGUCGCAUCCUGUACAGUUUCUCCACAGCCUUUCGGCGUUCUUCACGGCCGGCAGAUAUCAGGGAAACGGCGCUGUCCAGUCCACCCGACGGCGACCUCUACACCUUCACCGUCUCACUGGAGAUUAAAGAGGACGAUGGCAAGGGCAACUACAGCCCAGUCCCUAAAGACAGAGAUAAAUACUACUUCAAGCUGCGACAGAGCGUUCAGAAGAAGGUCGUGGUUUCAGUUCAGCAGAUGUGCAACAUGGAGCUGGGCAUCGAGAGGUGUUUUGGAAUGCUGCUGAGUCCUGGACAGAAAGUUUGCAACAGCGCCAUGCAUUUACUAGACAUGGAGUGGAUGGGGAAGAGCCCUGAUGGAAAGGCUUAUUUGAUCACAGGAAAAUGGAACCCCAACAUGGCAGCCUUCCAGCUGCUAAAUGAAGACACACCUAAAGAUAAGCAGGUCCACAUGACAGUGGCAGUGGACCUAGUUGUAACUGAGGUAGUGGAGCCAGUUCGCUUCCUGCUGGAAACUCUGGUCAGGAUAUAUCCAUCAAACGAACGCUUCUGGUACUUCAGCCGCAAGACCUUCAGUGAGACUUUCUACCUCAGACUCAGACAGCAGUCACCAGAGAGGGUGGGUCAGAGCGAUGCUAUGUAUGAGGUGGUGAGUCUUCAGAGGGAAGCAGAGAGAAGCAAUGAAGGACGACUGGCCUCGCCCACUGAGGAAGAGGAGGCAGAUGAAGAUAGUGACAGGGAAAUCUCCAGCGGAACAGGAGACGUUUCCAAAGACUGUCCUGAGAAAAUCCUGGAGUCCUGGGGAGCAAUCCUCACCAGAUGGCAUGGGAAUCUGUCCACUCGUCCGAAGGGUUUGCCCUCGUUGGUUCACAGUGGCAUUCCCGAGCCACUCAGAGCUGAAGUCUGGCAGCUGCUGGCCGGUUGCCACGACAACCACGACCUGCUUGAGCACUACCGCAUUCUCAUCACCAAGGACUCGGCUCAGGAAGGUGUUAUCACCCGGGACAUCCACCGCACCUUCCCUGCGCACGACUACUUCAAGGACUCAGACGGAGAUGGACAGGAUUCAUUGUACAAGAUCUGCAAGGCUUACUCUGUCUAUGAUGAGGAAAUUGGUUAUUGCCAGGGUCAGUCCUUCCUCGCUGCUGUUCUCUUGCUACACAUGCCAGAGGAACAGGCCUUCUGUGUGUUGGUGAAAAUCAUGUACGAGUACGGCCUAAGAACUCUUUACAAAAACAACUUUGAGGAUCUUCACUGCAAGUUCUACAAGCUGGAGAGGCUGAUGCAGGAGCAGCUUCCAGACCUGUGGUCCCACUUCCAAGAGCUAAACCUAGAGGCACACAUGUACGCCUCCCAGUGGUUCCUCACCCUCUUCACAGCCAAGUUCCCCCUGUGCAUGGUUUUCCACAUCACUGACCUGCUGCUCUGUGAGGGUCUGAACAUCAUCUUCAAUGUAGCCCUGGCCUUGCUCAAGACGUCUAAAGAGGACCUCUUGCAAGCAGACUUUGAAGGUGCUCUCAAGUUCUUCAGAGUCCAGCUCCCUAAACGUUACAGAGCUGCAGAGAAUGCCCGCAGGCUUAUGGAACAGGCCUGCAACAUCAAGGUUCCAACCAAAAAGCUGAAGAAGUUUGAGAAGGAAUAUCAGACACUGAGAGAGAGUCAGCUGCAACAAGAAGACCCCAUUGACCGAUUCCAGAGGGAAAACCGACGUCUUCAAGAAGCCAGUAUGCGACUGGAACAGGAGAAUGACGACUUGGCCCAUGAACUGGUCACCAGCAAGAUUGCCCUUCGGAAUGACCUUGACCAGGCAGAAGAUAAGGCUGAUGUUCUGAACAAAGAGCUGCUGAGCACCAAGCAACGUCUGGUGGAGACGGAGGAGGAGAAGAGAAGACAGGAGGAGGAGACAGCUCAGCUGAAGGAAGUGUUCAGGAGGGAGCUAGAAAAAGCAGAGCUGGAGAUCAAGAAAACCACAGCGAUCAUAGCUGAAUACAAACAGAUUUGCUCCCAGCUGAGCACCAGGCUGGAAAAACAGCAGGCGGCAACCAAAGAAGAGCUGGACAUUGUCAGGAGUAAAGUACUGGGCUGUGACCACUGUAGAGACCUGUUCACAACCCUGGGGUCCCUCCAGUCUGCAUCCCCCAGCAGGGACAAGACAUCCACCGAACCGCUGGACGAGGAGAAGGACGGACUGAAGGAGCAGCUGAGGCACCUGGAGCUGGAGCUGGCACAGACCAAACUGCAACUGGUGGAGGCCAAGUGCCGCAUCCAGGAGCUCGAGCACCAACGGGGAGUCCUGAUGAAUGAGAUCCAGGCGGCCAAGAACUCAUGGUUCAGCAAGACUCUGGGCUCCCUGAAGAGCUCUACCUCCUCUUCUUCCAGCUCCACAUCCCAGACCCCGUCCUCACCAAAGGAGGGCCCCGCCUAGACCACCCUUCCUCCAUCUCUCCUCCUCCAGCAGGAUGCACACUAGAGCUGAGGAACACAAGUUGAAGAAACAAGCAGUGGAGAAAUGCAGUAUUCCUUUUUUCAUCCAGUGGUAAUGCAGAGCUUGACAGCUUCUUGGACUGCUAAUAAAUGAAAAGAUAAGGGAGGAAACAGGCGGAGGACUGGACCUGCCACCUGUUUUUCACUUAAUGUUUAUGUUUGACUGAACAAAAAAAUGUUUGCUCCUCUGCUUCACAGGGAUGAGACAGGUGACAGUGAAUCAUCAAUGAGGCUUGAAGUUGAUUUAGAGUUCAGAGGUCGUUGAUGACACUGCUUUGUUGAGUUCUCAUAAUAAGAAAGCUGAAAUAACAUACCCAAUGGCAAUCCUUGUGUAGGUGAAUAAUGUAGCUCCACCUUGUGGUCAGACAUUGCUACUGCAGAGUUAUAGUAAUUUUAUCUGCGUGAGAUUGUUUUUAGGGAGCUGAGAUGUCUCACUAUUUGGACAAUAUUUCUAAUGUUAGUGAUUGAGCUACAUAUGCAGAGAUAUUAUACGUUCACUGCAUAGAAAUAUGGUGACUACAUUAACCAUCUUCAGCGCAGCAAAGCCACAGCCCUUUG